CAAAGGAAUACAACAUGAAAUUCGUUAUCGUUCUCGUCGCCCUCUUCGCUCUGGCCAGCGCUCGUCCCGAUGCUGAGGUCUUGAAGGAUGUCCGUAAUGUCGAGCCCGAAAGCUACAACUACGAGUCGGAGACCAGCAACGGCAUCUCCCAACAAGAAUCUGGACAGCUGAAGAAUGUUGGCUCCGAACACGAAGCCAUCGUUGUGCACGGUUCAUACUCCUGGGUGGAUGAGAAGACUGGCGAGAAAUUCACCGUCACCUAUGUUGCCGAUGAGAAUGGAUUCCAGCCAUCUGGAGCUCAUUUGCCAGUUGCCCCCUAAGAAUCUAAAUCAGGAGCCAAACUCGA